AUGCCCUGUGCCCACCUCGAUACGGCUAUAGAAAACCUGAAGCCCCCUUCCCCCUCUCAGCAAGUCCACAGAGAGGAGUGUACUCUGUGCUUUGACGGUCAAGACAGCUCGGAAGGCGUUCUUGUCUGCCUCGCCUGCUUCAAUGGCGGUUGUUUUGCCCAAGGCCGAGCGCACGCACAGCUUCAUUACAAGAAGACGGGACAUGAGCUUGGUGUCGUUGUCAAGCGGACGAGAAGGGAAUUGAAGAAACGGGACUCGAACGAGCCGCCAUUGAAAAAGCUCGCCAUCUCGGCUCCUUCUGAUGAGGAAUUGUUUUCUUACUCAACCUCACUCUACUGCUUUGCCUGUUCUCCCUCGUCUGGCGGACAAGCCGUCGAGACCGAAAACUCCAAGGCUGAGGACCUUGUCCGCGGCGUCUUGAAAGCACUCUCUUCGGCCCAGCAGAGCGAGGUAAAGGCAUGGGAGGAGGAGAUUGUCGCUUGUGAACACACGCUGUUGCUGCAACAAGAGUCUCUCGUUGCUCCCGGAGAAGUACCCAAGCACUGCACUUCCUGCGAUCUCGGUGCCAAUCUCUGGCUCUGUCUCACUUGCGGUUUGGCAAACUGUGGCCGACAACAGUUUGGCGGCGUGGGCGGCAAUGGCCAUGCUCUCAAGCAUUUUAAAGAGACUGGACAUAUGCUGGGUGUCAAGCUUGGUACCAUUACGCCAGAAGGCAAUGCCGACAUCUACUGCUACGCUUGCGAUGACGCCAAGACCGAUCCUCUCCUCUCGACCCAUCUCGCCACUUUCGGUAUCCCCAUCCUCUCCCAGUCCAAGACUGAAAAGUCGAUGACCGAGCUGCAGCUCGAGCACAAUCUCAAGUUUGACUUCUCGAUGACUGACGCCGACGGGCAUGCGCUCGAGCCCGUCUUUGGACAAGGCCUGACUGGGCUCAAGAAUCUGGGCAACAGUUGCUAUAUGGCGUCGGUGUUGCAAACGCUCUUUGCUCUGCCUGAUUUCAGAGAGAGGUUUGCAAAGCAGGAGCGGUUCAAGCACUUUAAAGAGUGUCCCAAUCCACUCCCUGCGACAUGCCUUGAGUGCCAGAUGCUCAAAUUGGGCGAUGGUCUGCUGUCUGGUCGAUACUCGCAUGUUGCCAGUGCUCCUCCUCCCUCCACUGGUUUAGAAGAUGUCAAUCAGGAAGCGCCCAAGUUCCAAGAAGGCGUCCGUCCUGCGCAAUUCAAAGCACUUGUGGGGAAGGGCCAUGAAGAAUUUUCCACCAUGCGCCAACAGGACAGUGAAGAGUUCUUGCAGUAUCUCAUCACCAAGCUGCGUGAAGAGAGCAAACGCCAAGGCCUCCAAGAUAUUGACCCCACGAGGAUCUUGUCGUUCGCAAUGGAGCAGAGGCUGGAGUGCGGAAAGUGCAAGAGGGUUGGAUUGCAGACUGAGCCGGCGGACUUGGCGAGUUUGCCUGUGGAGGCUGUAGAGGAAGGGGUGGGUGAAGACGGGAAGAAGUUGUUCAAGAGGGUGGAGCUUACCAAAUGCUUGGAAGGGCUGUGCGCGGUGGAGGAAGUUCCGGGGUAUGAGUGCUCAAACUGCAAGGAGAAAACUACCGCCUACAAGUCUUCCAAGUUCAAGACCUUCCCCGACCUUCUGGUUCUUCACAUGAGAAAGUUCCAGCUCGUCAACUGGCUCCCUACCAAACUCGAGAUCCCUGUCAACGUCCCUUCCGACCUCACCCUUGAACAUCUACUCUCUCAGGGCCUUCAAGCGGGUGAAGAAGCGCUGGAUAUGUCUGCUCCUUCAUCGGGGGGCAAUGGGGGUGUGCCAGAAUUUAAUGCAACGGCUAUGGCGCAGCUCGAGGCCAUGGGCUUCCCUACUGUCAGGUGUCAAAAGGCGUUGCUGGCGACCGGUAAUAGUGAUGCGGAGGUGGCCAUGGGAUGGCUUUUUGAACAUAUGGAGGAUCCUGAUAUUGACGCUCCCAUCGAGGUCACUUCGUCACUCAGCGCUAGUCAAGAAGGGCCAUCUGAUGAGCAAAUUGCGAUGAUUGUGGACAUGGGCUUCAACCAUAACCAAGCUCGUAAGGCGCUUCGGGAAUCUGGCGGAAACCCUGAACGGGCUAUCGAAUGGCUGUUCUCCAACCCUGAUGAUCCCGGAGAGGAAGCCUCUGCUGCUGUCGCUGUGGAAGAGUCUACGAAAGAGGAACGCGUCUCGGGUUCUGCCACUCUCCCAGCCAGGUACCGCCUCAAAGCCUUCAUCUCCCACAAGGGUCCUUCCAUCCACUCGGGCCAUUACGUUGCUACCAUCAGACAGCCGCAAGCCGGGAUUGAGGGUCAUGCGGAGGCCGAGGACGAGUGGGUGUUGUUCAACGAUGAAAAGGUGGUUAGGGCUGGGCCAGAUGGUGGGCAGGAGCUGAGAGGUCUGGCCUACUUGUAUGUCUAUGAGAGAGUGUGA